UUUGGGGCUCGGUCGUCUGCUCUAAUACGACUUUGUGAUUGUUUAUUUUAAAAACCGUAUUUAAAUUAUUAAAAUAAAUUAAAAUCAAACUAAAAACAUCCCAAAACUAUACUUAACAUUCAAAUAAACCUUUUUAUUAUAAUUUUAAAUUAAAAUACUAAGUAAAUUCCCUUUAAAAUUCACAAUGAAAACGAAGUGAAUUUUUCGCAAACCAAAAAUAAAAAUCAAAAAUAAAAUAAAACAAAACUUCCCUGAUCCCAUUCUACGCAUGUACACAAAUAUUUAAUUAUUUGCCUUUGCCCAUUAUGACAUUCUUCAUUUGAUUCCUUUCUUCAUUGUCUUUCGAAAAAGCAGCAGCAUUAAGGACGAAAAUUAUAUUAAUCGUGUUUUUCCUUAAAAAAAGUGAAACGAUAAAAACAAAAUUUGUCUCCUAUUUUGGGACAAAGAACUGACUGGCAGGUAGGUAGGUACACAAGUCCAGGUCCUGGCAUCAGCAGCAGCAAUGGCUUCAUUCCAUCAACGAUGCGGGCGUCGAAUAACUUUGACCAAUAACAACCGAACUGCUAUGAGAAGUAUUCGAGAUUUCAGCCAUGCCUUGGUUUUCAGCGCAGAACCUCUACAAGAUGAUGUUCUCUUCGAAGUGGUCAUUGAAGAAAAGAAUCACUCAUGGGGAGGAAGCAUUGAGAUUGGAGUCACAUCGGAGAAUCCCGACAAAUUGGAGCUACCUUCGUGUGCGGCGGCUAUGAGAAAUGGAACCUGGAUCAUGUCGGGCAUUGAUAUUCGAAGGGAUGGCAUCUGUCUGGUCGAGUUCUAUGGCACUCACCUAGAAUCUCUCAACGAGGGAGAUCGUGUUGGAGUGCUGAAGACUUCCCAGGACGAGUUGGUCUUCUAUAUAAACGGAGAAUCACAAGGAGUGGCAGCUACAAACAUCCCAAAAGUCGUCUAUGCUCUGGUAGACUUGUACGGCAGAUGUGUCCAAGUAUCCAUUUGUCCAUCGGAGCCAUUGGACUUCAUGUCGGAGUCCCCUCAAAUCGUCCAGUCAAUUGAUGUUCCCAUGUGUGUCGAUGUGACAGUAAGUUCCAAUGGAGGCACUGGCGUUGCGUCCAUACAAUCCGCAACUAACAUCGCAGACUACUUCGAUAUGAAUGAUCGUUUGCGAUUCCACACUCGAUGUGGCUCCUUGGUCAAGUUGUCCCCCAAUUGUCGAUCGGCUGAGCGACGUCGACCCCUCGAUGAGUUCAACAACGGAGUGGUUAUGACCCAUCGCCCGUUAAAAGACAAUGAGCUCUUUGAAAUUCGAAUUGAUAAACUAGUCGACAAAUGGUCGGGAUCGAUAGAAGUCGGAGUGACCACACAUAAUCCCGCAGUCUUACACUUUCCAGCAACUAUGACGAAUAUGCGAAGUGGAACGAUAAUGAUGUCUGGUUGUGGAAUCCUGACAAAUGGCAAAGGAACUCGUCGACAGUAUGGAGAGUUCAAUUUGGAUGAGUUGCGGGAAGGCGAUCGAGUGGGCAUGAUGCGAAAGACAAAUGGAAAUCUCCAUUAUUUCAUCAAUGGGCAAGAUCAGGGCGUGGCGUCGAAUAGAGUCGCUCAAACACUUUGGGGAGUCAUCGAUCUCUACGGCAUGACCAUCAAAGUGACGAUCGUGGAUCGUGAUGAGCGGGAGCAGCAAAAUCUGGUCACACGCCGAAAUAAUUUAAUGUCAAUUCAAACGAGUUCCAGCUCGAGUUGUGGCGGUGGGGCCGGGCAUAUUGUGAAUCAUGAGCUGUCGGCGGCUCUGAGCCCAGAGAUCGAAUCUGUGAGUGGAACCGGGAAGAAUGAUGAUCGUUUGACGUUCCAUUCCACUUGCGGGUCUCAAGCGACAGUCACACACAGUGGAAGGACUGCCUUAAGGCCAAAUGCUUCGGAUGACUUCAACAAUGGAGUGGUGUUGACUAAAAGGCCACUGCGGCCGAAUGAAUUGUUCCAAGUUCGAUUGGAGCGAGUUGUUACUAAGUGGGCUGGAUCAGUAGAGAUGGGAGUAACAACUCACAGUGCCGAGGAACUCGAUUUUCCCUUCACCAUGACCAAUGUUCGAUCUGGAACAUGGAUGAUGACAGGAAAUGGUGUUAUGCACAAUGGCAUCACUGUCAUCGAGCAAUACGGCCAGAAUUUAGAUCGUUUGCAAGUGGGCGAUCGUGUUGGUGUUGUCCGCAAAGAUGAUGGAACCUUACACUUUUGGGUGAAUGGUGUUGAUCAGGGUGCAGCCGCCGUCAACGUUCCCGAGAAAGUCUACGGUGUCAUUGAUCUGUACGGCCAAGCAGCACAAGCCAGUAUCGUUGAUACGUCCGAGUGUGGCAGUCCCGAUACUGGUAACUCAACCAUCUCCAACACAACCCUCUACAGCGAGCCACCUCUGAGAUUCCAUACGAUUCAUGGAAAGAAUGCCGGAAUCUCAAAUGGUGGCCUGACUGCAAGUCGACCCAAUUCGCUGGCUGAAUUCAAUGAUGCCAUCGUGUUCAGUAACAGACCGCUGAGGCAGAGGGAGCUGUUUGAAGUGGCUCUGGAAACAAUGGUGCGUCAUUGGUCGGGAAACAUAGAAAUCGGGAUAACUGGAAGUCGACCAGAUGAAGUCAUACUUACGGCGAAUGCGACAGAUUUGGAGGGCGACACAAUUAUUCUGUGUGGGUCUAUGGUCUUCCAGAAUCGCAAAACCAUUCGGAGUAAUAUUCUGUUCGAUUUGGACACCUUGACGGCUGGGACGAGGGUUGGCGUGAUGCGAAACGGAGACUUUAUCCAUUUCUUCAUCGACGGAGUGGACCAGGGUCCAGCGUGUGAAUGUCGUUUGCCUAAUGUCUGGGCGGUAAUUGAUCUCUAUGGGCAGUGUGCUCAAGUGAGCUUGACUUUGGCUCAACCGGAUAUGCGAGCGCCUUACGCCACGAGUGAGAACUCACAAAGUUUCCAAGCGACUUCGGUGAUUCAACCCCCUCCCGAAACGAAGCAUCGAUGGACGUGUAUCUCGGGAAAUGUUACACUCUCCCAGAACUGGACUGUGGCCUCGAGGGUCACCGGAGCUUCAGCGGCUCUAUCACGUUGUCUGGUGUUUUCAGAGCAUCCGCUAUCGGUGGGGUCACCGUUCGAGGUGAAGAUUGUUUCACAUAACCCCCUUUUUGCUGGUUGUCUAAAUAUUGGAAUCACUGAUUUGAAUCUCUCCGACGAGUAUGUGCGCAAAAACAUUCCAAGUAGCAUGAAACGUAUUCCGGCGAAUGUCUGGUACGUUUCUGGAAACGAAGUGAGACACAACUCGAUGCUGAUGCAACGUUCGUUGGCAUCGUUGGAAUGGCUUCGAGUUGGUGAUCGGAUCGCCCUCGAGAUGACCCAAACACGAACCUUGAGAAUUCUGCUCAAUUCCGAAGAUAUGAAUAUUAAUUUCCAAAAUGUUUCAAGUGAUGUCUAUGUUGUUGUGGAACUACAAGGUUCCACUAUGGCCGUUCAAGUGAUCUCAACUCAGGGUCCAACUUCUCCUCUUCGACCGUGUAGCCUGCGACUGCAAGAUUCUCUUGAAUUCGGAGUUGAUCCUCUCAAUAAACAAGAUUCCAUGUUAGAAUCCAUAGACUCCGAAUCUCAGGCUUUUGAAUUUAGUGAUUUUCAUGGUAAAAAUGUGCGAUUGGCCGACGAACAUCGCAGUGCAGUUCGUACACAGUCCUUCAAUCAGGCAUUGGUCUAUAUUGCCAAACCGCUUUGUAAAGGACACAGUAUCAGUAUUAAAAUUGAUGCAAUCAACACCAAGUGGAAGGGUACAAUUGGCGUUGGAGCUCUUGGCGUAUGUCCUCAAUUGGCAAACGUUCAGCUACCAACAUCUAUUGUACUCUGUAAACGUCCCUGCUGGGUGGCCACUCAUGAUUACAUCAAUAUAAAUGGAAGUCGUAUAGCUUCUAAGUAUGGUGAGGCUCUGGAACAGAUUCAACCUGGAACUGUGAUCACAAUGUCGCUAUCUCAUGCUGGAGCUUUGACAAUUAUGGUUGGACAAAAUAGUCUUGAGGAUCUGGCCGCAGGUUUGCCAAAUCACGUGUAUCCUGUCUUCGAUUUGUACGGGAAAUGUGAGAAAAUAUCGAUCAUAAACGGUGAGCUUCGUAAUGGAACUCCAAUCGUGGAGGAAGUACUCCUUGAGCACGAUCAACUAGCUGAGGGUGAUAAUAGUGUGCCACAGUGUGAAAAAGCCGAUCUGGAAGUCCAUGAAAAGGAGACUGAAGGUGCCAGCACAUCAAAUACAGCUCGAACUGUAAUGCAAAAUUUCACUGGGAACCUCUUAAUCAAUCUGUCAAUAAAAUACCGAUCGAAGGAAGGCAGAAAUGACACUAGUCCAUCUUCAUCGUCCUGCUGCCUUCGAGAAUCUCUUCAGCUUCAGCACAACACAAAUUUAAACAUUCAACGGAGUCAGAGUACCCAGCGUUUCACAAAUAAUCCGUCAACAUCCAGUGGCAGCACCGACACAAACAGAGAACAGGUAGAGCCACCUUGUGACGACGUUGUUCAACCGGUAAUGACAAACUCCAAAGAGAAUCUCUUAGAAUACAAUGACGAAAGUAAUACUGCUAUUCAGCAAAAUCUUCAACAGCAGCACCAACAGCAACAACAACAACAACAAUUUCUGGACAUCAAUCAAGUGCCUGAUGAGAUACCAGCCCAACAAGAAGACGAUCCGGACGAUGAUGAGGAGCCGCCAAUGCCGCCGGUCAGAGAUCCAAUUCCAGCUGAUACACAAUUCGAUUCCAUCCAAUCGUUGCCUUGUCUCGAUUCCACUAAAGACUGUGAAUAUUUGAAGCUGGUGCGGGGCUUCAAAAGCUCCCUGGUACUGCCCCACACGUUUUUCCAACAGCCAAGUAGUCAGGCGAUCUGCUUUUGUCAGCAGUGUCAUGCUACUAAUUCAGAGAAGUUAAGUGGUUGGGUGUAUUUUAAGCUAAAUCAACAAUCGGUGAAUACUUCGGGAACCGUGCAGAGUUUCGAUUCGGGUGAUUGGGUGCCACUGUACUACAUGACACGAGUAGACAAGAUUCGAGCUAUUCUCGACUAUGGCCAACCGCUUCCUAUCGAACAAACUCACGAGGCUCAUUCCGGUGUCAAUCAGAAAGACGAACCCGGAACACAAUUAGAAUUGCACUUCUCGCCAAAUUCCCCGACAAUUCAGCUCACCAAUUCCCACCACAAGUACACGGCAGCUAUGCAAAGCUACACAAUUGGUACCGCUUUCGAAGUGUACGUGAGACGGCAAUCUCUGUGUGCCACACAACAAAAGAGCUCAGAAGAUCAGCAUGAAGAUGAUCAGCAGCAGCAACAACAACAACAACAGCAGCAACAGCAGCAACAGCAAUCCCAACCUGGUCCCUCAUCUACUACACCACAGACGACUUCUCUGAAAGACAUGUCGUGGUUCACCAAAGAGACCGGUGCCUGCGUGCUGACAGCGUUAAUACUCAAACUAGAACGGGUGCAAAUGCAGUGCCAAAGUUCCGGCAGCUAAGGGAUUGAUUUUCUAUAAUAUGCGAAUAAAAAUGGUUAUUCCUAAUUUUAGCGACUGUAAUUUUGCUUGUAAAGCGCAUCGAUAAUUAUUAUUAUUUAUAUAGAUAUAUAAAGAAAAAAACCUCAUGAAGUAUUUUAGCCUUUUUCAUUUUGUUUUCGGUUCGGUCUAAGCAUGUUUUAUAUAGAGCCGAUAUGGAAGUCUGUGUUUUCCUCCUCUUUGUGUUCGAAAUUAAUGUAUCUAUGUCUAAUCAUUCACAUUUUCUAAUGCAAAAUUACCACAAAAAAAAUAUAGUUAAAAAUUAUACUUAAAAUUU